AUGGGCACAUGGGGAGUACACCUUAUCAAAUUUGCUCCCGAUGAUUACGAUAACGCUUGGGAUGUGUUGGGGCUUAAGCUCAAGGAUCGCUACCCAAAGCAGAAUCCAGCAGCCUUUUCCGCUCCAAACUCUCUGCUUCUUGUUGACGAGGCACAGGCGAGCAACUUGAGUGGUGUCGUCAAGAAAGACAUGCGAAUUUGCCUCGUCUGUUCUUAUGGGAGUCCAACCACCGGCGUCGAGCCUGGUCCCUUUAUCCCAGCCGAAUUUACCACGAGCCAGCGCAUUACUAUCACUCCGCAACAGUUUCCAGGCUCCCCGCAAAUAGGCCUUUUUUACACCAGGCUCGAAUUUGACGACGCUGUUUCCCGAAAAAUCAAGUACCAGUAUCACGACAACUUCACUCUACAUGAGGAAGCCGGUGGCUAUAUAUUCUCUUUCACAAAUGGACAUCCCGGAGCUGUAAACGCGAUACUAUCCUACAUCUAUGAAUACUAUCGCAGCCCGAUUACACAUGGGAAACUACCCGUGAUGACGAAACAGCAUGUUAUUCUCUGCUUGAAAGAAGAUGAAGAAGUUUGGACGCAUCUCGCAUCUUGCUCUGUCGCUCGCUCUUUUCCGAAAGGCCCUAAACUGACACCUCGAGUUGUCAAUGUCCUUGGAGAUAUUGCGGAGCAAGGAAGCAUUGAAUGGGAGGAGAACAAUGAAGGGAUGGGUCAAUGUUAUGUGAACGGCUGGAUAUAUAAGACCAUCGUGCUUGAUGCCACUUGCCCUCUUGGAAAAGACAUGGUUGUUCUUCCGUCACGUCUACACGAGAAGUGGGUCGAAAAAUUUGUUGGCGGUAUACCAGCCUCUCUGCCCCUACGAUUUGAUACGCUUCAAACCCUUUGUUGUGAAGUCCUCGGUCGCUUUUCCGUCAUGUCUUUACGACGUGCCUCCAAGGGGAAGAAAAUGUCCAGCGCAUCGACAUAUAGGGCUGUGGAAGCUCAGUACCAAGACGAGUUCUAUAAAGCAUUCAGGUCGGUCGCUGGGCAGGCGGUUCCAAUUUGCUCGGAGUGGUCCAGAACGCAGGAUGGCAGAGUGGAUUUCUACAUACCCGAGAAGAAGUGGGCCAUCGAAGUCCUCCGUGACCACAGGAAGAUUGACGAGCAUGUCUCGAGGUUCCGCGAGGGAGGAGCGUACUAUGGCUGGAUAGAGGACGGCACAAUUCAAGAAUGGAUUGUCAUCGAUUGUGCGACCACUUUGCGUAGCAAAGUCCACCGUGAGCCAAAUCUCAUCCAUGCCAUCUUCCCAGCAGAUUACACAGAGUUACAAGUCUUUGGUCGGCAGAGGUUACCCAUAUAUAAAGCUCGCCUACAAAAUUGA